GUGGAGACUAUCUGAUCACUGCUUAUAAAUAAACGACUUACUGGCAAAACAUCUGAGAUCGAUGUAAUUCUACGUAGCAUAAAUGGGUUCAAGGGAAGAUCGCCCGGAGAUCGUUUUCUUCGAUUUGGAGACAACGGUCCCCUCCGAAGCUGAUAAAGGCCGUUGCGUAUUGGAGUUCGGCGCGAUUCUUGUCUGCCCCAAAACACUGAAGGAGCUCGAUAGCUACUCUACCUUCGUCAGGCCCGCCAACCUCUCCGUCGUCCCAGAUAUAUCCCGGAAAGGCCUCACCCGAGAAGCGGUCAAUUCUGCCCCUACUUUUCAAGAAAUCGCCGAUAGGGUCUACGACAUACUCGACGGUCGAAUUUGGGCAGGUCACAAUAUUGUGAAGUUCGACUGUAUUCGCAUCCGUGAGGCGUUUGCGGAGAUCCGUCGCGUGCCGCCUGAGCCAAAAGCAAUUGUUGAUUCCUUAACAUCAUUGAACCGCACAUUCAGGAACAGAGCUGGAAACCUUAAGCUGGAAACUCUGGCAAACCAUUUUGGCCUUGGACAGCAGAGGCACAGGAGCUUGGAAGAUUCUCGGCUGAAUCUGGAGGUUGUCAAGUAUUGUGCAGCGGUUUUGUUCUUGGAAUCAAAUACAGUUCAACCAGAAAAUUUUCAAAUGAGUAGGGCUACUAAUGAUCAGAUGGAUAUUGAUGAACGCCCGGAACCAGAUGAUGAAGUGGAGGAAAUUAGACCAGUUUCCAAGUUCCCUGCUGCAGGAACGCCUUCUACCCCACUAAGAAUUUUGUCCAGUGAUGAUGGCUUCGUAGAUCCCUCCGAGGUUUUGCUUGAUUGUAUCAGUGCAUCCUUUGUCCCAUACUCGGGAGGCAAGAAAAUUCAAGUGCUGCACAGAGAUGUGCAAUUGCAGCUUUACUGUGCGGGAUUAAGAGUGCGAUUUGGUAUAAGCCGGCAGUUUGCUCCAAAAUUGAGUUUCGUGGUAGACCCACCACCCAUCCUCUGUGAGGUUCUGGAUGUAUGCAGUGGUAUUGCACAAACAAGACAUUUGGACUCUGGCAGCAGCUCUCAGUGGAUGCCUACUGUGGAGAGAGAGAGCGAAUUCUCAAACUACCCUACCAUUCGAGUGCGAUUAAGGGACAACGAUGCUACGGAGAUAUCCAGGAGAGAAAUUUCGGGCAAUCUACAGAAAAUCCAGUUCAGUGAAUUUGAAUCCCUACUUGUUCCACGAAGAACUUUGGUGGAUGCUUAUUUAUCCUUGGAUACGUAUGACUACAAGGGGUUCGCAGGCAUCCGUCUAGUGGCCAAAAGGUUGAUUAUCCAUUAAUUCCCAGCACUGGGACUGGCUUUGGGUAUUCCGCGGUCAGUAUGUUGAUCACUAACGUUAUGUUUGUUUUGAAGGAAAAGGUAAGGAACGUAAGGAAUAGGUUUUCCUUUCUUUCCCUACUUUUUCCUUUAAACCAAACAGAGCCUAAGACUGUGAACUCGUAUAUAAAUUCGGUGACUCGUGACUCGACUCAACAUCCAACUAGGGGUCCAUUGCUGACUUGCUGUAUAUCAAUUAUCAAAUAAAUGUUUAUGUAAAAAACGUUAUAUUAUAUGCUUAUUGCUUUUAUUGUUU